GUCAGCGCUGCCGUAAACCGAUGAAACUGUCGCGAUGACAGUGUUUACGGACUUUGACACGAAUCGAAUUAUUUUGUGAAAUGAAAUCAUUAAACCUCUGCCGAAAAAGAGACUUAAUGUAAGUAAGGAAUGAGAUCAGAAGGAGUUUGGUGUGAGACUCUGAUGAGUGAUGUUGUGUGUACGUGAGUCUCACACUGUUCUGGUGACUGGAGGAGCAGGAUUCAUUGGAUCUCAUUUAAUUCUUGCUUUGGCUGCAAGAUAUCCACACUGGAAAAUCCUCAAUAUAGAUAAUUUAGAUUACUGCUCGAGUCUGAAGAACCUGAAGUCUUUAGAGAACACCAGCACUUAUAAAUUCAUUCUGGGAGACGUAUGUGAUCCAUUAUUCAUAACCCAUCUCUUUUCAACCGAAGACAUCAGUGUUGUCUUUCAUUGUGCUGCUCAGACUCAUGUCGAGAAUUCGUUUGUGUGUCCGUCACGGUUCAUGCAUGUAAAUGCAGAUGGUACCGGUGUGCUGGUCAGAGCCGCAUUUCACGCUGGAGUCAAGAGAUUCAUCUUCGUGAGCACCGAUGAGGUGUACGGACCCAGUUUACAUCAGCCGUUUGAUGAAGCGAGUCCACAAAAACCAUGCAAUCCAUACUCGUCGUCUAAAGCCGCUGCAGAGAACGUCGUCAUGUCCUACUGGAGGAAACACAAGUUUCCUGUUAUUAUAACAAGGAGCAGUAAUGUAUACGGACCUCGGCAGUAUGAAGAGAAGGUCAUUCCCAAAUUCCUGUCCCUCAUACAACAUGAUCAAAAAUGCACUAUUGAGGGCACAGGCCUGCAGUCCAGACACUUUCUUUAUAUUGAUGACCUCACUCAAGCCUUUCUUAUUGUGAUGGAGAAGGGCAUUCUGGGAGAGAUUUACAAUAUCGGGACCAACUUUGAGAUUCCCAUCAUUCAGCUGGCCAGAGAACUUGUGCACAUGACAGGGAAGAAUGUUUCAAAUGAAAAUCUGGAUGAAUGGAUACAGUUUGUUGAAGAUCGACCUGUCAGUGAGAAGAGAUAUCCCAUGAUAUCAGAUAAACUUCACAGACUCGGGUGGAGAUUAAAAGUAACGUGGAAAGAAGGAAUUCGAUGCACAGUUAAAUGGUAUGAAGAGAAUCCAGAGUUUUGGUCGUUGAUUACUAACAGGGAGGAAGAAAACUUGACAGCAGCUGUUGUUGGAUCUGCCGAAGCCGAUUAAAGAUGUCUUUAUAAAAUAAGUUUAAUAGAUUUGAUCUAGUCUAUAAAAAUCUUUUAACUGUUUUACUGUAUUUGUUAUCUAUUUUGAUUGAGACUGUACAUAUGUAAACUUGUGAUACUGAUUUAAAAUAAAGGACUUGAAAAUGAAUUACUUGAAGAGUUUAUGCAGGUGAUUCAGUGUUUAAUAAAGUUUACUUUUACAGUCUUAUCUUAAGCCAGGAUUAUGCCUUAGUUAAAUUAGGAUAUUUAAGUGCCUUUGUUAAAAAUUCCUUAUAAAAACAUGACGACGGUGGGCAUCUUGACAGUAACAGGGCAAGCAUUCAUUAUGUCUGUGAAACCGGGCAAAUGCAAUUUAAUACAAAGGCCACUGGAUUGAAGAUGACCAAAACACUUUAAAUUGGGUUUUUAAAAGAUG